GGCAACGAUGAACGGAGGAGUCAAUAAAUAGACGCUUCCUUGAUUUUCCACAUUUCUCAUUUUCUGAUUCAUUGGCAUUGCCAUUUACCCGCUACUUUCCCUUCUGUUCUUCUUUUGCGUUUUUUACACGUUCGUGAAUAGUAAGUAGAAGCCAUGGCUCCAAAUUGUGCAUAUCUUUCUAAUCCUUACCAUCGAUGUACCCAAGCUUGCUCCCAAAACAUCAACCAGACCAAGCCACACGCAAAUCCUAGAAAGGGUUCAGGUUAUGGGCGAAGUGUAACAGAUGGUCAGCUAGGCAAAAAGGUAAAUGAACAAAGACGAACGUACUCAGGUUGCCCUAAAGCUUCCAAUCCUUAUCACCAGUGUGAUGAGAAUUGCUACAAAAGAUUAUCGGAUUCAGGUGCCACUCCUCCUUUGAAACUUGACAGGAAAAAGAAGGUAGGUUCUAAGCCAGAACCCCCUGUUCUUGACAGUGUUCCAGCCUCGAAGGUUGGGGCAAUUUAUCUCUCUGAUGGUUCAUCACCUGUAUCCAAGAAAAAGGUAGAGACAAAAAACGAUGAGCGCGUUCCUUGUGAACACAAAUCUGGUCAAUUACAUGUCCCAAAUGUAAAGCCUGUUUAUCACAAAGACCAAAUACAGGAUGAUUCUGAGCCCGUUGGCAACCCAAUGCAAACAAAUCAUCAGGACAAAAUUGCUUCAAACAAAGUUGUUCCAAUUACCCAUGUUGAUGAUGACACUGUAGAAGGUCUUACUGCUUCAGCUGGUGGAUCCAUAGACUCUAGUUUAUCUGCUGUUCCCCGUGGCAAUGAAAGAAGUGAUGAAGGAGAGACCGAAUCUGUGAUUUCUGAACCUCGUAUUCAAGUUGGAGGAUACCACAUAAAAGAAAGUUUUUCUUCCAUCUUGCAAUCUAUACUGGACAAAUAUGGGGAUAUAGGAGCAAGUUGUCGUUUGGAAUCAGUGGUGAUGCGUUCAUAUUACGUUGGGUGUGUUUGCUUUGUGGUGCAAGAGUUACAAUCUGAGUCAGUGAUGCAAAUAAGCAAGUCCAAAGUGAAAGAAUUGUUGGCUAUUCUUAAGGAUGCAGAAUCUGCUCAACUUCGUGUGGCCUGGCUGCGUAGCGUGCUUGAUGAAAUAGCUGAAAAUAUUGAACUCAUAAAUCAGCAUCAGGACGUGGAAGUGGAAAAGGCUAAUUCUGCUCAUGAAGUGGAAUCGUUGAGAGAAAAGCUGGAAUCUGAGCUCGAAGCUUUGGCUCAGAAAAAACAAGAGAUUGCUAAUAUUAAAACACGAAUUCCUGAGAUAAGAGAUCGUUUGGGGGAGCUUGAGCUCAAGUCUUCUGAACUGAACAAAGGCACGCUAUCUACCAAGUCCAAGGUUGAUAAUUUGCAUAUCAAAUCAUUGAUAGAUGAACUGUUGUAAUAUUUAUAACUGCUUAGCAAUUCCUCUGAGGU